AUGAAUAAUUCAACAUCAUGUGUAUCCAUUAACAUAAAAGAAUUAUUAUUUAAUUUGUCAAAACAGAAAGAUGAGAGAAUUUUUUAUUUCUUGGAAAAAGAUAAAACACUAAUUAAUAUACAAGACGAAAAUGGAAAUAGUUUAUUACACUGGGCUGUCUUUUUAAAUAAUGUAUAUUUAGUAUACUACUUACUAGAAAACAAUGCUGAUAGAGAUAUUAAGUCACAUUCUAAGCAGACCCCAUUAUUCUGGGCCAUAUGCUCAAAUAAUAUUUUUAUGAUUUAUAUUUUGAAUAAGUAUGGAAUUAAUUUAUUUCAAGAAGAUGACAAAGGAUAUAAUUGUCUAAUCAUAAGUAUUCAGUAUAAUAAUAUUUUAGUUUUUUUUUAUUUAUUAUAUCUAAAUGUUUCUAUAACACAUAAAGAUUAUAAUAGUUGCUCGGUAGUUGAUUGGGCUGCAUAUAAUAAUAAUUUAUUUUUCCUUCGUUUUUUUUCAAUAUUUAUGAACAAUUUAUAUUCUCUUAAUUUAAAUACUCCAACAUCAACAUUACAUAAAGCUAUCAUUGGAAAUUCGUAUGAAGCAUGUGUAUAUUUAAUUUUAAACAAACUUCAAAAUAUUUACGACAUAGGAACGGAUGACAACAAAACCAUUCUUCAAUUCGUUGAAGAUAACAAAUCCAAAAUAGACCCCAGAAUUUAUCAGUUUGUAAAUAGUAAGAAGGUAUAUAGAUUAUGUCAAAACAAGGGAAAUAUAAAUAAAAAUAGAAAUUUUUUAUAUGAAGAAAAUGGUACUAUAGGCCCAUACACCCUUAAGAGAAAAAAAAAAAAAUUGCCCAUAUUUCUUAGCAUUUAUACAAAAUAUAUUGAAAAUAAGGCUCUUCUGCUAUACCCACUGAUGUUGGUAUUUCUUUAUGUUUAUUUAAACAUAACUUACUUCCUAUACGUUAGAAAAUAUAUAGAGGGACAAAAAUUAUACAUAGACUUAUUUCAUCCCUUCCUUUUUGUCAUAUAUUAUUUUGUGGUUACUAGCAACCCAGGAUAUUUGGAAAAUAAUAAAAGCAAUGUGUUCAAUAUUAAUAUGGAAGGUAAAAAAAAAAAAGACAUCAACAUGAAAUGUAAAAAUGGAGAUAAUGAUAAAGAUGAGCAUGAUAAUACAUAUGAUGAUACACAUAAUGAUGUAGAUUCAAAACAAGACCAAUAUAAAGAUAAACCUUCAAAUGAUUAUUAUAACAAAACAAAUAAUAAUAAAGAGUGGUCGAAAGAAAAUCUUACUUUUCAAUAUAUCAUUAAAAAUAUAAGGGAUGAAAUAAAUAGAUAUGAAAAGAAAUACAAAUUGAUUGAGUUUGCAAAAAGAAUUAAGAAAGAAAAUAUUUUUGAAUUAAAAAAUAGUAUGGAAAUAAAUUGGAAUAUCCCCCCUAUAGAAUUCACAGAAAUUAAUAUUAACAUGUUAUGUCCUACAUGUUUUCUUUUUAAAAAUUUAAGAACAAAACAUUGUUCUUUGUGUGACAAAUGUGUUGAAAUAUUUGAUCAUCAUUGUGAUUUUACACUUAAUUGUAUGGGUAUUGAAAAUGCUAGGAUAUUUCUUUUAUGGAUUUUACUCAACAUUUGUUUUUCUUUUUAUAUUAUAUAUAUAUAUGGAUGUCUUAUUUUUAAUAUUUCAUUUAAUUAUAACAACAUCAAUUUUUAUAUCAUAAUACUUAUGGCUAUUGUAUUAUCUAUAUUACUAAUAUAUUUUAUGGGUGCCAUAUUUAUAAGAUCCAUUAUGAACAUAUUAGAAAAUAUUACAUCCAAUGAAAAAUUUAAAAUUUAUACAUACAAAACAUUUUUUACAUAUGAAUUAACUAUGGAUGAAAAAAAGCAACCUACUGUUAUAAGAAAAUUUAAAAAUCCUUUUGAUCAAGGAAGGUUUUUUAAUUUUAUAAAUUUUUUAACAAAAUCAAAAACAAAGUUAAUUAAAAAGGAAAAACAGUUUAUAGUGAUUGACAAAAAUAUAAAAGCCAAAAGCUAA